ACGAGUUUUCCAGUUGCCGAGAGCGCAUUUCGUCGCGCAUUUCGUCGCGCAUUUGGAGGUCGACUCCAUUUUCUGCAAGAAAAUCCCCGGCGUCCCUCUUGGCGAGGCCUCGUGCUUGCUUGUGGGUAGAAGAUGUGGGCAAGUGCGGAAGGAGGUCCUCCCGAGGUCACUCUUGAGACCUCCAUGGGUUCUUUCACUGUCGAGCUAUACUUCAAGCAUGCGCCGAGAACUUGCAGGAACUUCAUCGAACUCUCUCGGAGAGGUUACUAUGAUAAUGUGAAGUUUCACCGUAUCAUAAAGGAUUUCAUCGUGCAAGGUGGGGAUCCCACUGGGACAGGAAGGGGUGGAGAAUCAAUUUAUGGUAAAAAGUUUGAGGAUGAGAUAAAACCGGAAUUGAAGCACACGGGUGCGGGUAUCCUGUCCAUGGCAAAUGCUGGACCAAACACCAACGGUAGCCAGUUUUUUAUUACUCUGGCACCAUGCCCUUCACUUGAUGGAAAACACACUAUAUUUGGACGCGUAUGCAGAGGAAUGGAGAUUAUCAAAAGGCUUGGGAGUGUCCAAACAGACAACAAUGAUAGGCCAAUCCAUGAUGUGAAGAUAUUGCGGACAUCAGUGAAAGAUUGAUUUCAAGGGAGGAGUUAAUUUUCGCUAACUGGUUGUUAUGCGAUGCCGUCUUUCAACUGCACAUUGACACUGGAGCUAUAUUUGUCUUAACUUCUGUAAUAUUGUGCAAUUGCGUUAGUAUCAUCAGAUGCAUGUUAUUGCCGGUCACUUCUCGCCAACAUAAAAUAACUUAGGCAAUGCAUUGAUGCUUCGUCAGGAUUCUGUCAACUUGGGACAAAUUUGGGGCAAUCCCAUGGCAUUGUAACUCAACGGGAUCUACUUUUGCAGUGAUUGUUGAUUUUUCUC